AUGUAAAUAGGGCGCUAAUUUUUAAUAAUCAUAAAUCUAGAGAGUAUGGGAAAAAUAAAGUAUAUUUUAUUAAUAAAUUUUCUAAGCAGCGACUUACAUUUAAUAAUAUUGAAUAUUAUACAAUAUGCAUGGCCAAGAAUGUAUUAUGUUGUAACAAAAUUAAAUGAAAAAAUAUAAGAAAGAGGAGGGGAAAAUAGGUAACUUUAUAGAGUUUAAAGCUAAUUAUUCAAACGCAUUAUUUGUUAAUUAAUGAUGCUGAGAUGA